UUGUUCUUAGGCAAACAAGCUGAACCCGUCUUGUCACAUCACUCACUGUUUCAACGUAAGUGCACCCCUUUCUGCCAGCAUGUGGUCCAUUUCAGAGAAUAUGGGAUGUCAUCUUGUAUAGGCGCAUCGCUUCGAACCGAAACUGCCGAAGAAGAUCAGCCACUUGCAGUGAUUACCCUUCCUCCGCGUCCUGUGCUUCGAACGUGGCGGUUGACAUCGUCUGGAUUAGUGGAAAUCACCGACGAGAAUAGAGCUCAAAUGGGAGCGUUCCUGGACAAACCGAAAACGGCCAAAACGAAUUCCUCCGGCGAGGGCAAUGGUCUCCGCUAUGCUAUGGCCAGCAUGCAAGGAUGGAGAGUCGAUAUGGAAGAUGCACACGUAGUAGAAGUAUCAAUGGCAGAUCGCGAACCCUAUAAAGACUGGUCAUUUUUCGCAGUAUUUGAUGGGCAUGCAGGAAAUGUUGCAGCAGAUGAUGCUGCUGAAAACAUUAUGAAAACCCUCAUGGAAACUCCACAGUUCGAAAAAGUCACAGAAGAGCUGAAAUCCAAUGGGGGUGUUUUAUGCGAAAAGUCAAUCACAUUACUGGAGGACGGAAUUAAGGCCGGAUUCCUUAAACUGGACGAGAAUAUUCGAACCAGGCUGGAUUCGCCAUACCACGAUAAGGAGCGAGAACGAAUUGUUGGUGCUGGUGGAUCAGUCAUGAUUCAGAGAAUCAAUGGAAGCUUGGCAGUUAGCAGGGCACUAGGAGAUUUCGAAUACAAGAAUGUUCCUGGCUUAGAACCAAACAAACAGCUUGUGUCACCUGAACCAGAUGUUUACGUCCUUGAAAGGCAAAAGGACAAAGAUGAGUUUUUGGUGGUAGCUUGUGACGGAAUUUAUGACGUAAUGGAAAAUGAAGAGCUUUGUCGGUUUGUUGAAAGUCGUCUCCAUGUCUGUGAUGAUCUAAAUCAGGUUUGCAACGAUGUGCUCGACGCUUGCUUGAGUAAAGGAUCUCGGGAUAACAUGACAAUGAUUGUGGUCUGCUUUGAAGCCGCUCCGUCAAUUGAUAAAGAAAAAGUGGCUUCCGAACAGAUUUGGAAAGCACAGAUGCUGGCAUCAAUCAAUGAUGUGAUAGCGGAGGAGACUUCGAAGUCAGGAUGGAGUGAAAGUGACGAAAUGAGUAUUGAAUUCAUAUUGCGCGAGUUAGCGCAACGAAAUUUGUCUUCUGGAGGUGGUCCUGCACAUAUGCUUCGUUCGCUUGCCGAUCAGGUUUUGACAGAGAAGGGAAUCAAACACGACUAG